CUAUCAAAUGGAAUACUGAUAAGAUAAAUUAUAAGAUUGAAUUGAAAAGAAUACGGCGGGCAAAAAUCACAUAAAACUAUGUAAACCUUGUUUGGGAGAAAAAAAUGGAACUAAGUGCUCUUAAUAUGGCAACAUCAGCAGAGUGCGACAUCACAUCAGAUCAGGCUGACAGUAAGAUUAUCUUUGCGGCGAUUGAUUUAGGAACUUCCUAUUCUGGAUGGGCAUUUGCUUCCAAGACAGAUCUAGACAGAAACUCUACCAUAUAUGUAAAGUCUUGGUACUCAACAUACACCUCAAAUUCAACAGGAAAAACAUCCACAUGUGCUUUGAUAAAACCAGAUGGUGAAACUCUGGACUCAUUUGGGUAUGAGGCAGAGAGCAGAUAUGAUGACUUAGUAACAAAGAAACAACACCAGGCAUAUUUCUUCUUCAAAAACUUCAAAACUGGUCUCUAUGGAAAAUAUUACCAGCCGCUGAACACUGGGAUGAAGCUUGUUGACCAAAUGGGAAGAGUUCUUCCAGCAAUAAACGUAUUUUCAGCCAGUAUUCGGUUUUUAGCCGAGGAUAUGUUCAGUGAUUUAAAAAGAAGAUUUCAAGAUAUAAGACCCGGAGAUAUUAGAUGGGUUAUUACUGUUCCUGCCAUCUGGACAGACCAAGCAAAAUAUUUGAUGAGAGAAUCUGCAUUACAAGCAGGAUUAUUACCAGACAGUAUAAUUAUAGCUCUUGAGCCAGAAGCUGCGUCAGUUUAUUGUCGGCAACUUGAUGUGUGUGCUAUUAAUAGAGACUCGGGUGUUGCUUUAUCUUCCCUGAAGAUUGGAAGUAAAUACCUCGUGCUGGAUGCUGGAGGCGGAACAGUAGAUUUAACAGUACAUGAAGUCGCCUCAUCGAAAACUGUAAAACAAAUAGUGACCGCAAGUGGGAAUGUACACGGCGGAAAUGCAGUGAAUAAGGAGUUCGAAAAAUUCUUGAGAACCACUCUAUCUGAUGAAAAGUAUGAGCAGUUUAAACGAAUAGAAACUGAUGAUUGGUUGUAUUUAAUGGGUGAAUUUGAAUCCAAAAAGAAAUCGUUUAACCCUAAAGAACAAGAUCAUGUAAAUAUGAGAUUUCCGCAUAGUUUUAAAGGGAUAUAUGAAUCAAACAAACGUAGCUCGAUUUUGAAAAGAAUAAUAAAAACUAAAAGUUUAGAUGAUGCUUUCAGAGAGAUAGAUACUGGCAAUGAAAUCACUCUGAAAAGGGACAAGAUAACUUUCACAUCACACUUUUUCAGCAAUUUUUUCAAACUGGCAACAUUAAAGGCAAUACAUGAAAUCAAAAAAAUAAUUGAGAAAAUGCAGGGAGAAACACUUUCCUGCAUAUUAAUGGUAGGUGGCUUCUCUGAAUGUAUCCUUCUGCAACAAGCUGUUAAAACUGAAUUUCCCGACAUUCCUGUUGUUGUACCAGUAGAAGCUUCGACUGCAGUGCUGAAAGGUGCAGUUUUGUAUGGAUAUUAUCCGCCUGUUAUUUCAGAGAGAAUUGUGAAAUAUACAUAUGGUGUUUCAGGGAGUGCUGAAUUCAUUCCAGGUGCACAUCCAAUAGAGAAGCGUGUCGUCACUGAUAACGGAGUGCGUUGUAAAGAUAUUUUCUUUAAACACGUGACUAGAGGAGAAUUAGUUAAAACUGGAGAGUCUCAACGCACGAAAUUGUUUGUUCCACAGUAUCGAGAUCAAAGGACAGUAAAAUGGGAUAUAUGUGCAUCAAAACUUGAAAAUCCAAGGUAUACUACAGACAAAGACUGUCAUGUUAUUGGCAGAGUCACAUUAAACUUAUCUGGUACAGAUGAUGCGACGAAUAAUCAACUUGAAGUAUCUUUUGCGUUUGGAGGGACAGAAAUAGUUGUUACUGCAAAAGAAGUUAAGACAGGGAAAAUAGUUAAAUCAGUAGUCAGUUUUCUUGAAUAAAAUAAUCAGGAAAUAAUAUUAAGCUAUUAGAUCUCCAUAAUUGGUUCAAACUGUAAAACAAAACAAGAAUAAAGAUCAACAAGGCAAAGGCAACGUUCACAGGACGCGGCGCCAGACACACUUAAAAAACCUGGAGCGGACAUAAGGGUGAAAGGAGUGAGACAUGUAAUGUAAAAUAAUAUCAACUUAAACGGGCCCAUAAGGGAAUUAAAGGUGAAAAGGUGGGAGGUUAAAAAUGGGUG